CCGUGCCCCGCCGCUGCCCCGGCGGAGCGGAGCGGAGCGGAGCGGAGCGGGCCCGGCGCUGCGGACCGAGGCGGCGGCGCGGGGAGGCGGGCGGCGCCGGGGCGGAGGGAGAGAAGGAGGGAGGCCCCGCUCGCUCCGCAGGAGUUUCUCCAGGAUCCCUUCGGAAGGGCCCUCCCCGCGGCUCCCCCCGCAGAGCGGCGAGUGCGGCGGUGUCCAUCGGGGGGCAGUGCCGGCCCCUUCCUGCCGGCCCGGCGGAGGGCGCGUUCAGCCGAGCGAGCGAGCGAGCGAGCGAGCCAGCCCGUCUCGUAGGAACACUGGGAUCGUUUAUGCACUGCAGUUUCUCUCGCCUCUCUCCCUCCCUCUCUUCCUCUGCUCCCGAGGAUAUUUUGGGUGGAUUGUGGUUAUCAAUCAAGACCUCCUCUUCUUUGCUGAUCACUUGUCAUUUUCACCGGGGAUUAGUAUCGUUCGGGGCAAGCGGACAACUGAUUUUUUUUUUCUUUCUUCUUUUCCAUUUGGAGAAUUUCCCCCCAAACCUCCCCCCUCCUUUUUUUUUUUUUUCUUUUUUUUUUUUUUUUUGGCGCUGCGGUGCGGGUGCUAGGACCCGUCAGGCACCCUCCCCCGGCCCCCCCCCCCCCCCACGGAGCGUUUUCCCCACAUUCGCCCGGCACCAGGAAAGGAACCCCCUCCGGGCCGUCGCUCGCCGGAUACUUGUGCGGGCAGCCGGGAUCCGGCGCGCUGGGCGCGGAGCCGCCCGCGGGCGGCGCGGGGGCCCCAGGCCGGCCGCCCCCUUCCCCCCGCCCCCCCCCCCUCGCCGCACCUGGAUGGUACCUCCCGCCGGCGACGCGGGCACUUUCUGAACUAGGAAGGAAGGGGCGACUCGGGGGGGUGGGGGGCGCCGAAGUCUGUAUGGAAUUACCUGCGCCCCCGGCGGAGCUGGCAGCGGUGGAUGGAUGGGCGCCGCGUCCGCGGCACUCGCGGCCAGCUGAGCCCCAGGAGUAAACACGGGGCUCCUCCGGCCGAGUGCGCAGUGUGGUGACCGGCACUCGCCUCGCUGACUGAUCGCACCGGAGGAAUAUUUCGGGAGACUCCUGUGGGAAGCAGCCACGGAAAGACAGAAGAUGAAAGCUCCUAUUCCCAACUUGAUUCUCUUGUAUGCUACUCUGACUCAGAGCUUGAAGGUUGUAACCAAAAGGGGAUCAGCUGAUGGAUGCACUGACUGGUCUGUGGAUUACAAGAAAUAUCAAGUUCUUGUGGGAGAACCUGUUCGUAUAAAAUGUGCACUCUUUUAUGGAUAUAUUAGAGCUAAUUACUCCCUAGCCCAAAGUGCUGGACUUAGUUUGAUGUGGUACAAAAGCUCUGGACCUGGAGAUUUUGAGGAACCUAUAGCUUUUGAUGGAACCAGAAUGAGCAAAGAAGAAGACUCCAUUUGGUUCAGACCAACACUGGUACAAGACAGCGGGCUCUAUGCAUGUGUUAUAAGAAACUCAACUUACUGUAUGAAAGUGUCCAUUUCGCUGACGGUGGGUGAAAAUGACACUGGACUCUGCUACAAUUCGAAGAUGAAAUAUUUUGAAAAAGCUGAACUUAGCAAAAGCAAGGAAAUAUCAUGUCCUGAAAUUGAGGAUUUUUUGUUUCCAUUUAGGGAGCCUGAAAUUCUGUGGUAUAAGGAAUGCAAGUCAAAGACAUGGAGAUCAAGUAUUGUUUUUAAAAAGGACACUCUUGUCAUUCGGGAGGUUAGAGAGGAUGACAUUGGAAAUUACACAUGUGAGCUAAAAUAUGGAUUCUUUGUUGUCAGAAGAACGACGGAGUUGACAGUUACAGCGCCACUAACAGAUAAACCACCAAAGCUUUUACACCCCUUGGAGAGUAAGCUAACAAUUCAGGAGACCCAGUUAGGUGGUUCUGCUAAUCUAACCUGCAGAGCUUUCUUUGGAUACAGUGGAGACGUCAGUCCUUUAAUCUACUGGAUGAAAGGGGAGAAGUUUAUUGAAGAUUUGGAUGAUAAUCGAGUCUGGGAAAGUGACAUUAGGGUUCUCAAGGAACAUCUUGGGGAACAGGAGGUUUCAAUCUCACUGAUUCUUGACUCAGUCGAAGAGGCAGACCUAGGAAAUUAUUCCUGCUACGUCGAGAAUGGGAACGGACGCCGGCAUGCCAGUAUUCUUCUGCACAAAAGGGAGCUGAUGUACACAGUUGAGCUUGCUGGUGGGCUUGGUGCUAUUCUGCUGCUGCUUGUUUGUUUAGUGACUAUCUACAAGUGUUACAAGAUAGAGAUUAUGCUCUUCUACAGAAAUCAUUUUGGAGCUGAAGAACUAGAUGGAGACAACAAAGAUUAUGAUGCAUAUCUAUCUUAUACCAAAGUGGAUCCUGACCAGUGGAAUCAAGAAACUGGAGAAGAAGAAAGAUUUGCUCUUGAGAUUCUACCAGAUAUGCUGGAAAAGCAUUAUGGAUACAAGUUGUUCAUACCAGACAGAGAUUUGAUUCCCACAGGAACCUACAUUGAAGAUGUGGCAAGAUGUGUAGACCAAAGCAAGCGACUGAUCAUCGUCAUGACUCCAAGUUACGUGGUAAGAAGAGGUUGGAGCAUCUUUGAACUGGAAACAAGGCUUCGAAAUAUGUUAGUCACGGGAGAAAUCAAAGUGAUACUGAUUGAAUGCAGUGAACUACGAGGAGUUAUGAACUACCAGGAGGUUGAGGCCCUCAAACAUACCAUCAAGCUCCUCACUGUCAUUAAAUGGCAUGGACCAAAAUGCAACAAGUUGAAUUCCAAGUUCUGGAAACGUUUACAGUACGAAAUGCCUUUUAAGAGGAUUGAACCCAUGACAAACGAGCAGGUUUUAGAUGUCAGUGAGCAGGGGCCCUUUGGGGAACUGCAGACAGUCUCCGCAAUUUCCAUGGCUGCUGCCACCUCCACUGCUCUUGCCACUGCCCAUCCAGACCUGCGCUCCACCUUUCAUAACACAUAUCAUUCACAGAUGCGCCAGAAACACUAUUACCGGAGCUAUGAAUACGAUGUACCUCCUGCCGGCACCCUGCCUCUUACCUCAAUAGGUAACCAGCACACCUACUGCAACAUCCCCAUGACACUUAUAAACGGGCAGCGGCCGCAGACAAAAACUAACAGGGAGCAGAACCCCGAAGAGGCUCACACAAACAGUGCCAUACUGCCCCUCUUGCCACGGGAGACCAGUAUAUCAAGUGUCAUUUGGUGACCGACAUGCAAGGGGCUGUCAACCCCCUUGAGUAGGAGCAGAGUCUGCAGUCUGGUGCCUGGAACUACAUCCUCGACUGCUGCUGUUAAACAUGCAUUACAAUCGAUAACAAACGAGGAAAAACAGGGUCUUGUACAUAUGUUUUUUGCAAUUUCUUUGUAGCAUCAGUCUUCCUGUUUUACCCAUGUCUCUUCCCAUUCACAUUUUUGACUUUGUUUUAUAUGUCAUUGGAAUUUGUAUAUUUACAUUUUUUUUAAAUGAAGAGACUGCUGUAUAGAUAGGAAACUUUUUUGCUUCAUUAGUAUAGUUUUAGACUUUUUGUUUGUUUAUAACCUCUCUUGGGAAUGCUUGGACAAAGCUAUGUUGAUAUCAGAAGCACCAUCCAUUUUGUUGGCCUGCCUAGCCAUGCCUGCUGCAGCUUACCUCUUUUGGAGAGUUUUUGUUCUUAGAAGGACCCCACUGCUCACUGAGAGCUCCAGUUUCAUUUCUACUCCCGUAAUGUGCACUGCUCCUUCCCUGCCCUUACAAAGGCCCCCAUUUGGGGUAACACUACAGUCUGACCAUCUAACAUGUAACUUGGUAGAUACCUGUCAAACAAGAGAAAAUACCCAAUCUGUAUUGGUUGCUUCACAGUAGUCACUAGAGUGUGUAGAAACUAUAGCUGGUUUGGUUUUUGCUUUCUUGGGUUUGUUUUUUUUCCUAAUUCUUAUUUUAAGAAUGAGUUGGUUGUAUCCCUUUUAUAAAUAUAAAAGCAACCCUAUUUUUAACACGUCCUGGAAAAUUA